CUUUUAAGCAUAUAUUUUUAAAAAUUUUCUUCAAAUGAAUCGAGAGGCAUGUUCUCUACUAGCAGAAACCAUAGGCAUUAUCCUUGGAGAGUUUGCAGAUGAUCCCGACAAUAAGACCCAUAGGAAUCAAGUCUACAAAGAGGCUGAGUACCUUGCAAAGAAAUCGUGGAUACGGUCGUCGGUCGUCGGACACAUAGCGAUUAAAUACGGAGCUCUUGUGAAUCGCCGAGCAGUAAGUAAAGGCGGUGGCAAAUCUGCCAGAAAACGCAAAGUCGCUGAGCUUGACGAAAAUGGACAACCAGUUCAAAAAUCACGUAAGAAAAAAAGUUCAGCGGAGAGACAGAAAAAACCAAGAGCGCAGCCAAAGCCAAAGUCUAAAGUGUGGAGGCGAUCAAAAAAUCCACGCAAGCUAAAGCAACUCAAGAAGAGAACAGGAGAGGUUGAAGAAGGUUAUUUUGAGCUCGGAGAUUUAGCACAAGAAGACCAUGAUUCUGAUGAUGCAGGCCUUACAGAUGCACAGAUUAUGCAAAAGGAGCUCGAGAAAAUACCAUACUUCAGGGACCCAUCUUUUAAGAGCUCAUUUCACAUGGAACGAAGUACAUUUCAGGAGCUCUGUGAGGUGGUGGGUUUCAAAGUAGCAGGGAGGACAGUUAGCCCCUACUCCAAGCUGAUGGGAGUGUUAUGGUGGCUGGCAGGACGAGAAAGCAUGAAGCAGUUGGUGAAGCGCUUUGACUGGAGCAUAGGCACCUUUCAUGGUGCAGUCCACCUGUUCAGUACAGCCAUUGUGGAGCACUUAAUGCCUCAGACAAUUCAUUGGCCAUCCACAGAGGAGGAAGUUAAACGAUGCCUUGCAUCAUUUGAAACAAAUUAUAAUUUUCAAGGGGUCAUGGGGUGUCUUGGAGCUUGUCGCUUGCCUUUGCGAUUGCGCUCAGCUAAAAGGGGUGCACCCUACAGGGACCCUAAUGGACGACCAUCUAUUCUUCUGCAAGCAGUCUGUGAUGGUACACGUCGUUUUUUACAUGUUAGUGCUGGAUGGCCAGGUACAACUGCUGAACAUGCUGCUUUUCAUGAGAGUGACCUUCCAGGACUACUAGACAAACUUCCUGAUUAUGCUCAGGUUUUGGCAAGCCGGGACUAUCCAGUCAGAAACCAUGUUUGGAUUCCAUUUUCUCAGAGUGCACCCAUGUCUGAUGAAAUGUUUUACUUCAACCGCCUGCAUGCUGCUAGCAUGGUGGCCUUAGAUCGCACCACCACUUUGCUUAAAAACACAUUUCAGCGCUUGGAAUUAUUGGAAAUGCUGCCAGACAAAAUUCCUUCUGUUGUCCUUGCUGCCUGUGCUCUUAUGAACUUUAUCCUAGAACGAGAAGAAGUGAUUGGAGAAGAACGAUUUCCAGUGCUUAGUGGCAGUGGUUUUGAUGGCAUUCCAGGAAGUGGUGCCAGUGCAGGAUCUGCUAAAAAAAAGAAACUGGUUCUAUAGUACUAUGGCAAGUAUGUGAAAAGUGUCACCUGUCUUUACUUGUCUAUUGGUUGUUGGGUAAGGCUGCUGAAGGUUAUAGGUAAAUAAAUCCAGGCAGCUGCAGACAGUACCAAAUUUUGUACGUGACAAGCAUGUUGCCAUCAGUUACUGAAUAGACCAUCAUUAUUGUCUACAGUAGAGGUUAGUAAGCUGCUGUAGAAAUAUGUGCAGCCAAGCAUAAAAUAAAAACAUGAUUGGUGAGAAAACACUCCUGAUAGUGGCACAACAGAUGAGACAUCUUCAUGUACUAAAGUGCUACAUCUGUCAGCAUCACUGGCUUGUUGCCCUCCUGCAGUUAUAAAGAUAAAAUUAGUGUUUUCUUCUUCAUCCGUAAUAAGCAGCACUUCCAGUGAUCUCUUACAACAGUGAAGCUGGACAAUGGUACAUGUGAGCUGAGGCGAAGAUAGUGGGAAGGCAUGAGCAACAAGACAUGAUGUACUUUUGACAUAUGUACUUUUGGUUUUGUGACUUGAGGAUUAAUGUCGUGCAAAGUUUUACAUUCUACUUAUGCUGGCAUGGAUGUGUUCACCUGUGAGGUGGAAGAUGUUCAUUAGAGAGGUGGGGUGGUGGCAGCAGUGCACAUCUGGCAGGGUAUGUGGUAGUUUGGCUUUUCAGAUUAGCGAGUGAUAAAUCCAAAAAGAGUGGAAAUUAGGCUAUUGAGACUAGUGACCUUGUUAUUGACACUAUAGCUAUUGAAGCUAGUAGCUACAGUGAAAUAAGGUUGUUAGGCUAUUGAGACUCCUGACUGUUCAGUGUGGAAGGCUAAGGAUAUUGGGGUGAUGACUGGUGUUUUACACAGUCAACAGCUAAGACUUCAUCAUGCCUAAUAGCAUUCAUCAUGAUAAUUGUGUGAAGACUUAAACCUGACAAAACUUUCAGAGGGCAGUUUAUUUAUUUUAAAAUGCCUUCUUUUAAAGUAUAUUUUCUUUCUGCGUGGCAUUUUGUAUCUAAUUGAGGAAGUUAAAAAAAAACUCAAUGACAAUUUAGAACUUAGAACAAUCAAAAACAAAUCAGACUGUAUAAAAUAGCACACAAUAGGUGGCAGAAUAGCAAUUUAUGUAAAUUGUGACAGAAAUGUAAUACGUGAGAAUGAUAAUAUGGCAUAGCAUGAAAGAGACUGCUACAAAACAGUAAACAAGCUGAAGUGACAGAAAGGCAGUACUUGUGUAUAAACAAAAAUUUGACAGAAUAGCAGCAUUUGUGUAUGAACAAAAAUGUGACAUAAUUCUUAGUAUUUGUUGGUGAAAAAAAAUUGUGACUGAAUGACAGUAUGGAAAAAGAAUAUGAUGGAAUGGUAAAGCACUAGUAAAAAAUGUCUAACUAAUGAA